GUAUGUAUGUAUACGUUUUAUUAGUACCUAUUUACUACUACUACUAGUACAUAAUUGGGAGACAAGAUUAGCAUAGUGUUUUUUAUCUUUGUUCGGACUGAACAAGUAAGAAAGAUAACGAUUCAGCAACAAUUUAAAACAAGUGAAUGAUUCCCAGCAGUUCGAAACAUCCGCCUGUGGAUAAUCACAAGUACAUUAGGUCUCGGUAGUGAUAAGCUAAUACAAAUUAUUUGAAUAUUUGUAGCAUUGGUUGAAAUAAAAACCACUGACAGUUAACGGGUUAAAUUUAAGAAUCAUUUUUCAACCGGCACAUUAUUAGAAUGUUCAACAAGACGUGACGAAAGGUAAAACGGUAGUUUAGUUGUCAAUUUUUUUGUGAAACUGCACAAAAUGGAAAAAGAAGCGAUGCAACUACAACCCACUGGAAAGAACAAAUAUGGAUCGGGAGAGUUGGGAGAAGUUGAACCUGAGGAAUAUGAUCCUCAUACUCAUCGAACAGUACCUCAUCCUACCUCUAACAAUGAAACGUUAAUUCACAUACUUAAGGGUAGUUUAGGAACAGGGAUC